AAAAUUACUGCGAACGGGAAUUGUCCUUCAGACAAUUAGACCAAGGCUGAGGAGGGAGUGUGGGACCCGCAACUGUAUCAAACUCCAAUAACUACACGUUCAUAGAUUGGAGACUCGGUCUCUCUCCGCUUUUUCUCUUUUCUUUUUCCAUUUCUCGUUUUUCUAUAUCUUUGAUCCAAACACACGCAUCUAUUUUGGGAGCUCUGCUGCUGAGUUGUUUUUAGUGGCGGUGGGAUGGGAAAUUGCUUCUCCGACGAGGCCGGCGGAAAAGCGGCCGUUGGUGGCACUUCCAGUGCGACCGGUGGCGGUGCUGCUGCUGCGAAUGAUGCCAUUGAUUACUACCUCAAGUCUCGUGGUUUCCACGGCAUCUUUUCUCAGAUCGAGCUAUCAUUUUCUGCUACAAAUUUGUGUGAUCGGGAUGUGCUGUCUAAGAGUGAUCCUAUGCUAGUUGUUUAUAAAAAAGCAAGGGACGGGUCGCCUACUGAAGUUUUCCGCACUGAAGUAAUUCUUAAUUCCUUGAACCCCACAUGGAUUAUGAAAUAUGCCAUCACAUUCCAGUUUGAAGUUGUGCAAACUUUGCUGUUUCAUGUGUAUGACAUUGACACCCAAUUUCACAAUUUAGAUGUUAAGAUGAUCAAGCUAGAUGAGCAACAAUUUCUUGGUGAAGCUUCAUGUGUUUUGUCUGAGAUUUUGACCAAAUCAAAUAGGUCUCUGACCUUAGAUCUCUUACAAAAAGAAGAUUCUACAGUAUCAAGCCAUUCUCCGUGUGGUCAGCUUGUUGUGCAUGCUGAGGAAUGCUUUAGCUCCAAGACUACGACUGAGAUGAUAUUAAGGUGUUCAGAUUUGGAACAUAAGGAUCUGUUCUCAAGAAUUAACCCUUUUCUGGUAAUCUCAAAAAUGGUUGAGAGUGGGAUCCCCAUUGCCGUGUGUAAAACAGAAGUCCUAAAGAAUGAUCACAACCCAAUAUGGAAACCGAUCUUUUUGAAUAUACAACAAGUUGGAAGCAAGGAUAGCCCCCUGGUGAUAGAUUGCUACAACUUCAAUAGCAGUGGCAAGCAUGAUUUGAUUGGAGAAGUUACAAAAUCCCUAGCAGACUUGGAAAAGCUUCGUUCUAGUGGGGAAGGUGAAAAUUUAUUUUCAACCACUGCUGUUGGGCAUGAUCACAACAAGCUACUAAAAAGCCAGCUAUUUGUGGACAAGUUUUCUGAAAGCAUUCAACAUACUUUUCUGGAUUACUUGAAAGGAGGAUGUGAGCUGAACUUCAUGGUGGCUAUUGAUUUCACUGCUUCAAAUGGAAAUCCCCGCCUCCCUGAUUCCUUGCAUUAUCUUGAUCCUUCAGGACGGUUAAACGCAUACCAGCAAGCAAUUGUAGAAGUUGGAGAAGUGUUGCAAUUUUAUGAUUCAGACAAGCGCUUCCCUGCCUGGGGAUUUGGAGCACGGCCAAUUGAUGGUCCAGUUUCUCAUUGUUUUAACUUGAAUGGAAGCACUAAUCACUGUGAGGUUGAAGGAAUCCAAGGAAUUAUGAUGGCGUAUGCUAGUGCUCUAUUGAACGUUUCUUUAGCUGGUCCAACGCUUUUUGGGCCUGUGAUAAGCACUGCUGCACUAAUUGCUAGCCAGUCUCUCGCAAAUGGAGGGAAAAAGUACUUUGUUUUGUUAAUAAUUACAGAUGGAGUUGUAACCGAUCUCCAAGAAACUAAAGAUGCCAUAGUGAAGGCGUCUGACCUACCAUUAUCAAUCCUUAUUGUUGGAGUUGGAGGAGCCGACUUCAAAGAAAUGGAGAUUUUAGACGCUGAUAAAGGAGAGAUACUUGAAAGUUCUACUGGACGUGUUGCUUCACGUGAUAUAGUUCAGUUUGUUCCAUUCCGGCACGUACAAAAUGGACAAAUUUCUGUUGUUCAAGAGCUUCUAGCUGAACUACCGACUCAAUUUUUAACCUACAUGCGAUCCAGGGAUCUCCAACCAAGCAUUUGAUUUUGUAAAGUUGUACAUAUAGAAUUGAAUUUUCAAUUUGGGGAUUUCAUGCAAUGAGUUUUCCAAUUGAAGGCCAUGAUCCCAAAUCCAGUCAUGGUAAUAUAAGCAUUCUCACAGAUAUGCCAAGUCAACAAAACCUGAUGCCAAUUAUGUAGGGCUAGCCGCACCAUCUUUUGCGACAUAUUGUAAGGACUGGACAUAUUUUGCAUUGUGGCCAGCUUGGAACGUGACAGAUAAAUGAAGACUUUUUUGCAGUUUGACAAACUGUACGAUAAUCACCGAAAAUGAGGUGCAUUGGAUCCAUGCCUUGCAAAGAGGAACAAAAAUGUGAAGAAUGAGGUCAGAAUUGUAAUGUCAUAUUUUGUUUGUUUUAGUUGCUUUUAUUGAUGCAUUUUGGCGAUUUGUUGUCCAAACAUAUAAUGUGAAAUACAUUGUUCAGCUUGAAAAUGAUCCCCUACUUUAUCUUCCUCAAAAUUUAUUAUUAUUAUUAUUACUUUUAGUCCCUUAA